CAGGGAGUGAACGAGAGAGGGAGGAGCUAAGAUCUGUUUCUUUUCAGAGGAAGUGAACCUGUUCUUCAGUCUCUGGCAGCAGCUGAAAUGGCGCAGCAAGAAAAUCAACUGGACAGAGAAAGAUUCUCCUGUUCGAUCUGUCUGGAUCUACUUAAGGAUCCGGUGACUACUGGCUGUGGACACAGCUACUGUAAGAGCUGUAUUAACACCCACUGGGACAAUGGGGAGGAGAGAGGAAGCUACAGCUGUCCUCAGUGUAGACAGACCUUCACACCGAGGCCUGUCCUGGGGAAAAACACCAUGUUAGCUGAUUUAGUGGAGGAGCUGAAGAAGACUGGACUCCAAGCUGCUCCUGCUGAUCACUGCUAUGCUGGACCUGAAGAUGUGGCCUGUGAUGUCUGCACUGGGAGAAAACUGAAAGCUCUCAAGUCCUGUUUGGAUUGUUUGGCCUCUUAUUGUGAAAAACACCUCCAGCCUCAUCUUCAGUCAGCUCCAUUGAAGAAGCAAAAGCUGGUGGAGCCCUCGGAGAAGCUCCAGGAGAACAUCUGCUCUCGUCACGAUGAGGUGAUGAAGAUGUUCUGCCGCACUGAUCAGCAGUGUAUCUGUUAUCUCUGCUCUGUGGAGGAACAUAAAGACCACGACACAGUGUCAGCUGCAGCAGAAAGGACUGAGAGGCAGAGAGAGCUCUGGCUGAGGAGACUAACAAUCCAGCAGAGAGUCAAGUACAGAGAGAAAGACGUGAAGCUGCUUCAACAGGAGGAGGAGGCCCUCAAUGGCUCUGCUGAUAAAGCAGUGAAGGACAGUGGGAAGAUCUUCACUGAGAUGAUCCGUCUGCUGAAGAAAAGAAGCUCUGAUGUGAAGCAGCAGAUCAGAUCCCAGCAGCAAACUGAAGUGAGUCGAGUCAGAGAGCUUCAGGAGAGACUGGAGCAGGAGAUCACUGAGCUGAAGAGGAGAGACCAGGAACUGAAGCAGCUCUCAGACACAGAGGAUCACAACCAGUUUCUACACAACUACCCCUCACUGUCACCACUCAGUGGACCUACACACUCAUACAGCAUCAGGAUCCAUCCUCUGAGGAACUUUGAGGACGUGACAGCAGCUGUGUCCCAGGUCAGAGGUCGACUACAGGACAUUCUGAGAGAGACAGAGACAGAGAUUUUACAGAUUGUGUCUCAAGUGGAUGUUUUACUGCCACAACCAGAGCCAGAGACCAGAGCUGACUUCUUAAAAUAUUCACAGGAAAUCACACUGGAUCCAAACACAGCAAACGGACAUAUGUCAUUAUCUGAGGGAAACAGGAAAGUAACGUGUAAAUAUACUGUUUAUUUUGAUCACCCAGACAGAUUCACUGAUAGGCCUCAGGUCCUGAGUAGAGAGAGUCUGACUGGACGUUGUUACUGGGAGGUGGAUGUGAAGCUGGGGUUGGCGUCGGGAAUAAGAGGAGGAGGAGUUGAAGUAGCAGUCGCAUACAAGAAUAUCAAAAGAGAAGGAUACUCAAAUAAAUGUUUAUUUGGAUUCAAUGAUAUAUCUUGGUCAUUUGCUGCUUAUGGAACUUGUUAUAGCUUUUAUUACAACAGCCUCAUGACUCCAGUGUCAGGUCCUGUGUCCUCCAGAGUAGGAGUGUACCUGGAUCACAGAGCAGGUGUUCUGUCCUUCUACAGCGUCACUGACACCAUGACUCUCCUCCGCAGAGUCCAGACCACAUUCACUCAGCCUCUCUAUGUUGGAGUUAGGCUUUGUAUUGGUGAAGACACACUUGAGUUCUGUAAACUCAAAACGACUCGUUUUAAAAGCAGUGUUUUAGAUUUUGUGUUUAAAUCUUUAACUUCUUUUGUCUCCAUGUUUGUUGAUCAAAGGUCCACUGGAGAGUGUCCUGAUCGAGUCCCUGAGGAACCAGUGAACAACAAGCUGGGAACUGUGGAAGAUGAGUCACUGCAGGGAGUGAACGAGAGGGGGAGGAGCAGAGAUCUGUUUCUGUUCAGUGGAAGUGAAACUGUUCUUCAGUCUCUGGCAGCAGCUGAAAUGGCGCAGCAAGAAAAUUAUCUGGACAGAGAAAGAUUCUGUUGUCCGAUCUGUCUGGAUCUACUGAAGGAUCCGGUGACUACUGGCUGUGGACACAGCUUCUGUAAGAGCUGUAUUAACACCCACUGGGACAAAGGGGAGGAGAGAGGAAGCUACAGCUGUCCUCAGUGUAGACAGACCUUCACACCGAGGCCUGUCCUGGUGAAAAGCACCAUGUUAGCUGAUUUAGUGGAGGAGCUGAAGAAGACUGGACUCCAAGCUGCAGCAGAAAGGACUGAGAGGCAGAGAGAGCUCGGGCUGAGGAGACAAACCAUCCAGCAGAGAGUCCAGGACACAGAGAAAGACGUGAAGCUGCUUCAACAGGAGGAGAAGGUUGUCAAUGGCUCUGCUGAUAAAGCAGUGGAGGAGAGUGAGAAGAUCUUCACUGAGAUGAUCCGUCUGCUGGAGAAAAGAAGCUCUGAUGUGAAGCAGCAGAUCAGAUCCCAGCAGGAAACUGAAGUGAGUCGAGUCAGAGAGCUUCAGGAGAGACUGGAGCAGGAGAUCACUGAGCUGAAGAGGAAAGACCAGGAACUGAAGCAGCUCUCAGACACAGAGGACCACAACCAGUUUCUACACAACUACCCCUCACUGUCACCACUCAGUGGAUCUACACACUCAUCCAGCUUCAGGAUCCGUCCUCUGAGGAACUUUGAGGACGUGACAGCAGCUGUGUCCCAGGUCAGAGGUCUACUACAGGACAUUCUGAGUGAGACAGAGACACAGAUUUUACAGAUUGUGUCUCAAGUGGAUGUUUUACUGCCACAACCAGAACCAGAGACCAGAGCUGACUUCUUAAAAUAUUCACAGGAAAUCAAACUGGAUCCAAACACAGUAAACAGACAGCUGUUAUUAUCUGAGGGAAACAGAAAAGUAACGUGGAUGAGUAGACAACAGUCUUAUUGUAAUCACCCAGACAGAUUCACUGGUUGUUGUCAGGUCCUGAGUAGAGAGAAUCUGACUGGACGUUGUUACUGGGAGGUGGAGAUGAAGGUGGGAGUGGGAGCAGUUCGUGUAGCAGUCACAUACAAGAAUAUCAGCAGAGCAGGAAGCAUAGAUGAAUGUAGAUUUGGAUUCAAUGAUAAAUCUUGGAUGUUAUAUUCUGACGGAAACAGUUAUAGCUUUUAUUACAACAGCCUCAUGACUCCAGUGUCAGGUCCUGUGUCCUCCAGAGUAGGAGUGUACCUGGAUCACAGUGCAGGUGUUCUGUCCUUCUACAGAGUCUCUGACACCAUGACUCUCCUCCACAGAGUCCAGACCACAUUCACUCAGCCUCUCUAUGCUGGAGUUAGGGUUAGUCAUGGAUCCAUAGCUGAGUUCUGUAAACUCAAAUAGACUCGAGUCAUUAAAAGCAGUGUUUUAGAUUGUGUGUGUAAAUCUUUAACUUCUUUUGUCUCCAUGUUUGUUGAUCAAAGUUCGUUGUGGUGACGUUUCUGCUCCGCACAGAGAUCAGCUGUCAAUCAAACACUGACCUCCUUUAUCACACAUAUUUAAUCUCACUUUGUAAAGACAGAAAUCUAUAGUUACACUGACAUGAAUGUGUUUGAAAGAACUGAUGUUGCUGUUGUUUUCUGAAUCAAAGUAGAAAUCAGGUUGUGAUGAUUUAGAACCUGUGUUGAUCCUGAUCCUCAUCAAUGAGCUGAUUCUUUGUUCUUUUCUUUUCCACAUGUGUUAUGGGAUGUUUGGUCACAUUGUUAAUGUGGAACCUGGUUUGUUUUCAUCACGGCUCAUCUCUGUAAAGUGUGAAUCCACUCGUCCUCAUUGUAUUUACAUAUUUAGUGAACGUGCAUAUUGAUCUGCUGCUGAGUGGGUUUCUGUUCUUUUUGAUUUUCCUGAUCUGAACCAGCAGGUCCACUGGAGAGUGUCCUGAUCGAGUCCCUGAGGGUUUGUUCUGCAGCUCUCAUCACAUGUGUUUCUUAUACAUGUCUAUAUACAUUUAAAUCUCUUAUAUAUGUAUAAAACAAUGAAAAUCUAAUGUGUGAAGAAGCUGAAAGUUGAAAUAAAGAAUAAAUCCAGUCA